AUGUCACUGGAGGUCCACCCCGCAUCUCCCACCGAUGCGCCCGAACUCACGCAAGUCUUCUACGCCAGCUUCCGUAGCGACCUCGACACCACUAUGUUCCCAAACACGCCGGAUGUGACAGAAUGGUGGGAAAAAUAUCUCAGCGACGUGAUCACGGCUUCAAUUGCAGGCAAGACCAACGAUGUAUUGCUCAAGGUGACGGAAGACUCGGAGAGUGGCAGGAUCGUCGCAUUCGGGAAAUGGAAACGGCCCGUGAGCUUUGCGAUCGGUUUUUUUCAUGGUAUGGAGGCGCGACAUGAGAAGUGGAUGGGGGAGCGGCCUCAUUAUUAUCUGGAUAUUCUGGCUGUUCACCCUUCCCAACAGGGCAAGGGCCUGGGCUCAAAGCUCCUCAAAUGGGGUCUCACGCGCGCCGACGCUGAAGGUCUGGAGGUUUAUCUGUCCGCAUCUCCGGCUGGGAGACCCUUGUACCUGAAAUAUGGGUUCCGGGAGGUUGAUACCUUCGAGCCAUAUCCCGACUACGUGCAGGUAGCGAUGCUACGGUCCCCGGACCAAUAG